AUAGAGAAAUCAAUUUCUUCACAGCACCUUCAAACAAAAAGGAACGAAACCAGUCAAAACCACAGAAGAGAGAAAAGGAGAAUUCGAUUCCUAAUUAAUUCUCACCGUCAACGAUGGAGGUUUCCGGCACCGUUCUAAGGAAUAUCACGUGCCCUUCCUUUUCCAUGCACGUGAAUUCCCGUCGUGGUGGUGGUGGUGGUUGCGUUACGGUGCCGGUGAGGCUGAGAAAAAAGGCGGUGGUGCGUUGUUGCUGCGGGUUCAGUGAUUCGGGGCAUGUGCGGUAUUACGGGGACGAGAAUAAGAAGAAGGAGAAGCAAACCGCUGUGUUGAGCACCAAGAAGAAGCUCAAGAUGCUGAAGAAACGUGUCCUUUUCGAUGAUCUUCAAGGAAACCUAACUUCGGAUGCUGCUGAGGUUUUGAUGAAGCAGCUAGAGCAAGUAAGGGCAGAGGAAAAGGAAUUGAAGAGAAAAAGGAAGCAAGAGAAGGAGGCAAAACUCAAAGCCUCUAAGAUGAACACCAACCCUGAUUGCGAAUCGUCAUCGUCAUCAUCUGAAUCUGAAUCAAGUGAGAGUGAAUGUAACAAUGAGGUGGUUGACAUGAAGAAGAACAUUAAGGUUGGUGUUGCGGUCGCAGAUUCUCCACCAAAGGCAGAAACCAUGAUAUAUACACCUCCCUUGUUGCCUGAGGAUGUUAGUGCUAAUGACCAUCAUCAUAAGGCCAUGGAAUUAUUCUCUAGAAACAAUGACAUAUCAGUUGGAAGCACUAAUGGUAGCCUUAAGAAUGAGAGUACUGCGGUUAUUAUCACUGAAUGUAUUCCUCAGAAGAGGAUUGAGGUAUGCAUGGGAAACAAGUGCAAGAAAUCAGGAUCUAUUGCAUUGUUGCAAGAAUUUGAGAGAGUGGUUGGUGCUGAUGCUGCUGCUGUUGGAUGCAAGUGCAUGGGAAAGUGCAAGAGUGCACCUAAUGUGAGGAUACAGAACUCUACUGCGGAUAAAAUAGCUGAGGGGCUCAAUGAUUCAGUUAAGGUUCCAGCUAACCCUCUUUUCGUUGGGGUUGCAUUGGAGGAUGUUGAAACCAUUGUGGCUAGAUUCUUGGGCGAGAAUCAGGAAAGUACUAAUGAAUAGUUUGCUGGUAUGCUGUUUGGAAAAUUGUACAUAUGUAGUGCCAGUACGGCAGUACCUAUCAGAUUGUUGUUUUAUUGUAUAUAAACACAGACAACAUAUUUUUGUGAGAUUCGAUUUCCUAAUUUAUUGGAAGUUCCAGAGCCUGAUUUGUGUCCAUUCGAGCUCGACUCAAACAUGGCCUGCCUUGCAGUCACAGCUAGCCUGAAUCCUACCCAAUCUAUGAAUUCAAAUUUGAGGGCCCUAUUUGGCAUUAAUAUUAAUAUAUUAAUAUUUCUUGUUA